GACCCAACACAACCGCUAAAAAAUAAAAGCACAAAUUCGAACGUUGUAAAAAACAAAACGCGAUGUCGUGUUCGGUAGCCGUAUCUAACUCCCCGGGGUUUUCUCCGUCGUCCUCCCUUUUCUUUAACAAAACAUCGAUUAUCUCUCCGUCGUCCGAAGCUUUGAAUUUACCGUCGACUCACCUCAAAACGUCAUCUUCUCCUGCUUCUCCCCUUCCUUCUUCGCCUUUUAGGCUUUGGCUUCAAAAACCGCCGCCUGGGUCUUUGUUAUCGUCGUCUUCUUCGGCUUCGCGUUCGACUGCAGGUUUGGGACCGUGUUCGGUGUCGACGAUAUUGAAGAGGAAGAGGCCGGCUAGGCUGGAUAUACCGGUGGCGACGACGGCGGUGUGUUUGGGGGUUCCAGCGACGCCGUGUGAGGUGAGGAGAGAGGUGGAGAUAGAGGGAGAUGGAUAUUCUGUUUAUUGUAAAAGAGGGAGGAGAGAGGCUAUGGAAGAUAGGUUCUCAGCUUCUGUUAAACUCCAAGGAGAUUCCAAACAGGCGUUUUUUGGUGUUUUUGAUGGACAUGGAGGUGCUAAAGCUGCGGAGUUUGCAGCCCGGCAAUUGGAGAAGAACGUUUUAGAUGAAGUCGUUAGAAGAAGAGACAAAACUAAGGUAAAGGAAGCUGUUAAACAAGGGUACUUGAAAACAGAUGCUGAGUUUCUCAAGGAAGACAUCACCGGCGGCACAUGUUGUGUGACAGCUUUGAUCCAAAAUGGAAGCCUUGUUGUAUCGAAUGCUGGUGAUUGUCGUGCUGUUAUGAGCAGAGGUGGUGUCGCCGAAGCUCUCACAUCUGAUCACCGACCUUCAAGGGAGGAUGAAAGGAACAGAAUUGAGGCUUUGGGUGGCUAUGUGGACUUAUGCCAUGGUGUUUGGAGAAUUCAGGGUUGUCUCGCUGUCUCUAGAGGGAUUGGAGAUCAGCACCUUAAACAGUGGGUAAUAGCUGAGCCGGAGACAAAGAUCAUUAGUAUCAAACCGGAGUGCGAGUUCUUAAUAUUUGCCUCUGAUGGCUUAUGGGAUAAGGUUAGUAAUCAGGAAGCAGUUGACAUUGCUCGUCCUUCAUGUCUAGGCGUCAAUAAGCCAAAUCCAUUGUUUGCCUGUAAAAAGCUUGUCGACCUUUCUGUUUCACGAGGCUCAUCUGAUGAUAUCAGCGUGAUGCUGAUUCUGCUGGCGCACUACAUGUGAUUGUCUAAUUUCUAAAAUAGAGGCAACCAAUUAACUCAUAGGAUUGACUCUACCUGGUAGUUUCCUGAUCGUUGUUAUACCGGGAGCAGAACACAGUAUCUCAAUACGAGAAUUCUUCAUUUAGAGCUAGCUUUUGGGGGUGUUUUGAAACUCAGACGCUAUAUCAGAUGCAGUAGGGGUGGAGGCUGGGUUAUUUUAGUAGGGCAGCAGGAUUUAGUCUUUGUUGACCACCCUUUGUGGGGAUUUUUAUACCCACUGCUGAAGAAAAGAUCACAAAGACUUGGUUGUAAACUUGUUUAUACAUAUAUGACAUUUAUUGACCUUAGAGUUGUAAAUCAGCAUAUUCUUUAUAGAAACAAUUUUCCAAUGAUUCUUUUCGAUGGCGCCGAUUCAUUUUUGUACACGUUGUUAUCAACUUCAUUUAAUAAGAAUUAGUUCAUUAGUUUGUGUAUGACUCUUGUCACUUGCUGCCAAGCAUGAUUCUGCAUGAACAAGAACUUAUGAAACUA